ACCUACUGGAGCCGUCAAGGCAUAUGCCAAAUAACCCCAUUGCCGCUGCUGGGUAACUACAAGGGGCUUGGCAGCAGCUACCAUUUUCGAGAUGUCAACCAACAACUGUACCAUCACUUUAAAGCCAAAGGACUAGCCUUUGGUGGCAUCUAUGUAUUUAUGAAGAGAGCAGUGUUAUUGGUGGACUUGAAUCUGAUUAAACACAUUCUGGUAAAGGAUUUUGUAAAUUUCUCCAACCGCGGAAUGUACAACAAUGCUGAAGAAGAUCCUUUAUCGGCCCAUUUGAUAGCACUGGGGGAAGAAGAAUGGCAUGCAAUGCGUCAUAAAUUAUCUCCCACUUUUACUUCAUCCAAAAUGAAAUACAUGUUACCCACUGUGGUCAAGGUGGCCAAACAUUUCGCAGAGGUCAUGGCAGAACAUAGAGAUAACUGUAAUAUCUUGGAAAUCAAAGAUCUUUGUGGUCGUUACACCACCGACGUCAUAGGCAAUACAGUUUUUGGCAUUGACUCCGAUUGUCUCAGGUAUCCACAAGAAGAAUUUCGCCAAAUGGCUAACUCGGUGUUCACCAACAGGCGCCAUCAUCCCGUAGUGGAGCAAUUUAUACUAACCAAUCCUGGCAUAGCCAAGAGACUACACAUGAAACUCUUCAGAGAUGAUAUGACGAAAUAUUUUCUAGAAUUGGUUCUACACAUCAUGGAACAACGUUUUGAAAAUAACAUUAAGAGAAAGGAUUUCAUGGAUUUGUUGAUAGAACUAAAAGCUCAGGACAAGGAUGUGUUUAAGGCUGAGUGCAGGGCUAUUGAUUUGUCUCAGGGUCUGACCUUGGAACAAAUCACUGCCCAAUUAUUUUCAUUUUUAAUUGCUGGCUUUGAAACCUCCUCCACCACCAUGUCUUUUUGUCUAUACGAAUUGGCAUGCCAUCAAGAUAUUCAGCAACAAUUAAGGCAGGAAAUUGUGAAUACCCUUAGAGAGAAUCAAGGUGAAUUGACAUUUGAGGCCAUACAGGCCAUGGGCUAUUUGGAUCAAGUUAUAUCAGAAACCUUACGUCUGUAUGCACCCAUAUCCUAUAUAACUAGAUUGGCUCGCAAGGACUAUCACAUUCCCAACUCUUCGCAUAUUAUCGAGAAGGGAACCAUGGUUCUUAUCCCCAUUGAUGCUAUACAUCGCGAUUCACAGUAUUUUCCCCAUCCAAAUGAAUUCAAUCCCGGCAAUUUUGAUGCAAGUGUCUGCAGUAAACGCCACAGCUGUGUUUUUAUGCCUUUCGGCGAAGGACCCCGAAAUUGCAUUGGCCUGAGAUUUGGUAAAAUGCAAAUGAAAGUUGGUUUGGCAUCAUUAUUAAGUCGUUAUCGUUUCGAAUGCUGUCCUCAGACGGAAAUUCCCUUGAAAAUGCAAAAUGGAGGCUUCAUUUUGGCUUCAGAAAAUGGUAUCAUGUUGAAGGUUGUCGAUUUGAGUGAUUAAAUAACGUAAUUUUUUCAAUGUUUAUAAAAGCA